UCGGACAGCAAAGUCUUCCGCAGCGAAGAAGUCUGGCUCUCUUGCAGCCUUCUUCGUAAAGGUAGACAGAAACAAAGCUCUAGCCCGCGCUAUCAAAGUCCAGCCAAAGGCACCAAAGACGCCAGAACGCCUCAACAUGUAGAACCCCCGCCAAUGUCACAAUCGACCACAGCGCUAGCCUCUUCAAUGACAACAACAACGACGGACUCUUCGAGUCCACCUGAGGAAGGAGACGACGUCAUCGACUUGGUGACGACGGACAAAGUGGGCUUGCCUGACCCAUUGCCUCAGACAGUCACUGUUCCUUCUGAGCCCCAGCCGUCAAAAUCAAGAGCAUCAUCAAUCCAGCAAUUGAAACACAUCAGGCGCCCAGACACUCAGAAGGGCACCAAGGGUAUCCUUUUCCAAGGCGAAAUCAUCGACGACCUCAUCUCUUUUCCCAAAGUUUGCCGUAACCUGUGGCACAUUAAAUUCCUACACUUGGACGACAGCUAG